AUGUCAGAAAUAUAAAAUAACAAAAAAUACCAUAUAGUAUAGGGAAUAGUAGAAAAAUCAGCUGAUUUUUCUUUAAAAAUAUACAAUAAAGUUGGUUUACAUAACAUCUAUAUAGAAGAUAUGGUUAAAUUAUUAAAUCAAUUUUCUGCCCCUUUUAUAUUUAGAAUAACCUGCCUUUUAGAUUCUUAAAUAAACUAAACUAUAUAUAAUGCCUAAUAGACCCAAAAGACUAUAAUAUAUUAAACAAAUAAGAAGAAAUAAGAACUAAUCGAAAAGACUUAAUAAACUAAAGAUAAAUUAACUAAAAACUAAUUAAUAGUAAAGGUAAAGAAUUCCAAAAUAGCCCAAAAAGCAGAUGAUUAUGGAAAUAUUAUUAUUGAUGAAAUCGAAUAAUAGCUAGUAUAACUUAAAAAAUAACUCGCAAAAACACUAAACAAUUAAUAUCUAGAAGAAGAGAAAUCCGAAUUAGAAGAUUAAUGUAAGCUUGAUUUAUACUUAAGAGCUAACAAACUAGGACAUAAUUUGAAUUCUUUAGGAAAAUAGGUUAUUGUUUCUUACAUGAAUUACCUAUAAUCUUUACCAGUUAUUUAAUUAGCUCAUAAAUAAUACACAGCUGCUGAUGCUAAAUUCUUGGUUGCUAGGGCAAAUAUUGAAUCUUUUAUUGAUGUUGUUUUUUGCACUGUGCUUACUUAGAAUAUUAUAAAUCCAAUAUUGAGUGUUUUAUAGGUAUAAUAUAAUAAAUCAAAAGAAAGUGUAAUUAUUAUUAUUUAAAAUAUUAAAAAUUGCAAUAUUAAAUAAAUUUUGGCUCUGGCUAAAUAUAAAUAUGAGACAUUAUAUUAAACUCUUUGUAUUUCUUUAAAAUAAAAUAAACUUUCACUUAUUUUUACUAAAGAUUUCUAUAUUAAGAAAAAAUCAUUUAUCUAGAAUGAUAUUAAGUAAUUGAUGUUCGAUGUUAAUAGUAUUAGAAUUAAGGCUAUUGAAAAAGGAAUAGAUUUAUACAAAUAAUCUCUUGAAUAAUUUAAAAUUAAAUUAGAAUUAGAUUUAUAUAAAUAAUCUAUUUAAUAAUUUAAAAUUAAAAAAAUAAUAAACUUUGGUGCUUAUAAAAUGGUUAAUGAUUUUUUUUUAUAAAAUAAUAGAAAAAUCUAAAGAAAAAAUUAUUAUAAAUAUAUAUAUAUAUAUUAUUUAUUUAAGGAAUUUAUAUAUAUAUAUAUAUAUAUUUUUAUUUAUAAUCAUAUUUUUUUAAUAUUAGCUAUUUAUUUAUAUAUAUGA